AUGAGUUACAGCGAUUCAGGGUCCCAAUCAAACAACAGCAGUAGUCAGGAUGCAACGUCGGGAAAACUACAAUACACAGAAAGUGACGAUGAGGGAAGUGACGAAUAUUGCAAGGGUGGAUACCACCCUGUGAAGAUUAAUGAAGUAUAUAACAACCGGUAUAGAAUAGAAGGGAAAUUAGGAUGGGGUCAUUUCUCAACUGUUUGGGUUGCUACAGACUUAAAAAGUAAACCAUUAAAAUUUGUUGCCAUCAAAAUUCAGAAAGGGUCCGAAUCAUUUGCAGAGUCAGCUAAAUGUGAAAUCAAUUAUUUAAAAACGGUUAAGGCAAAUUCUUUUGAUUCUUCUUGGGUAGAAUUAAAAGAACAUCAAAGAGAAAGGCUCUUUCAUUAUAAUAUGACAAAGGGAGUUGUUUCCUUUAUUGAUAGCUUUGAGCAUAAGGGGCCAAAUGGUAUCCAUGUCUGCAUGGUGUUUGAAUUUAUGGGACCAAAUUUAUUAUCCCUGAUUAAACACUAUGAUUAUAAGGGGAUACCAUUAAACUUAGUUCGGAAAAUUGCCACACAUGUCCUAAUAGGGCUACAGUAUUUACACGAUGUUUGUAAAAUUAUACAUAGCGAUAUAAAGCCGGAAAACGUUUUAGUAUCUCCCCUGUCGAAUAUUCCGAGACCAAGGGACUAUAGCAAAGUUGAUGAUCAGCAAAAUGAACUUGUUAAAAAAGGAGAAAACGAAGUAGCAAACCAGGGGCCGGGUGGCCAUUCUGAAGGUACUGACAAUAAUGACGACGGGGAAGAAGACCAGUCAUCGUGCCUGAGCGAGGUGAAAGAUAAACACGAAUGGGACAAUGUAGACUUUAACAAAUUAACCAAACAGGAAAAGAGGAAAUUAAGAAAAAAAAAAAAAAAAUUCUUAAAAAAGGAACGAUUAAAAGUGGAAGCGCAAAAGAAGGAGAAGCAAGCCGUUGAUCAGGUGACUGUAGGCAAUUUACACCAAAAUGGAAAUCGCGACAAACAGGGAGACGCCCAGACGCAAGUUGCGACAUUAACAGGGGCUAGUGGAACAUCAGAGGACAACAGCCAUUUUAAGAAGGAAGAUAACGAACAUUCCAACAGUGCAUUCCAGAUAAACGCGGAACAUGUGUCAAAAGAUGAAGAAUUGAACAGGGGCAAUCACAACAAUGUCGAUAGUAAUACAAUAGUAAACCCAAACUUCCCCAUCAGUGGCAUGAAAAGCAAUAGCUCCAUCAAGGCUACCGCCUCAGGGGAAGUACUAACCCGAAAUAGCAGGUGCACACCAAGAGAUAAUGAUAAAAAUGGUGAACAGAAUAAUGUAAGGAAGCAAUUAGCCCUUGACAGGAAGAACAAUAAAGACUGUUGCAGUUCCAACCCACAGAUGUCAGAUGCAAAUGACCCAGCUUGGACAGCGGACGUCAACGUCGGCGAUGACCGGAAGGAUAAUGCACCCAAUGUGGGGAGGCCAAAAUUAAAUAAAAAAAAAACGACUAAUGUACCUCCAUAUGUUAGACAUAGACUUAGGCCGUCCAACUCCGAUCCGUCCCUGCUCACAAGUUACAAAAACAUACAUGCCCUCCAGGAGUCGCUAAUGAGGAGGCCCUACCAUUAUAACAAUUAUUUCUUGUAUAAUCCGGAAAAGUACGGAGAUGACAAGUGUUCCCUAUUUUUUCAUCGCUUGCCCAGCGACUAUUUGAGGAAAAACCCUUUGGAGGAUAGUGACCGGGAUAAGGACUUUGAGGACGAGCGAGACAGCCAACAUGAUGAAAACCACCAGGAAAAACAGACGCAAAAAAGCGAUGGGAGUGACGGCGGGAAAUCCGUAGCAUUCCUAGCAAAGGAUUUUAACAGAAUCCCCAUCUACUGCGAGAUGUUCAGUCAGCUAAUGCAUCCAGAAGCCAUGAAAAUACACGACAAGUAUAAGGAGAAAAAAAAAGGAAAAUAUGGAAAAGCAUGUAAGGAUGACACCCAGGAGAAUAACAGAAGCGGCCAUAAAGUUGUUUACAUCAAAACACAGGAGGGGGACUAUCGUAUUAGACCCUACGAUCCAACUGUUUACUACCAUGAAAAGUCAUGUUACAAAAUCUGUGAUUUAGGAAAUAGUCUCUGGGUUGAUGAAUCAAGGUAUGCAGAAAUACAAACAAGGCAAUAUAGAUCCCCAGAGGUUAUCCUAAAAAGCGGUUUUAAUGAAACUGCCGACAUAUGGUCGUUUGCAUGUAUGAUAUUCGAACUAGUAACUGGAGACUUCCUAUUUAAUCCGCAAAAAUCAGAUAGAUAUGAUAAAAAUGAGGAACACUUAAGUUUUAUGAUCGAAGUGUUGGGGAACAUUCCAAAAUAUAUGAUCGACACAGGGUUCAAUUCUCAUAAAUAUUUUAAUAAAAAUACGUAUAAACUGAGGAAUAUAAAAAAUAUUAAGAGGUACGGAUUGUACAGAAUAUUUAAAUACAAGUACAACAUACCAGAGAAGGAAAUUAAUCCGUUGUGUAGCUUUUUACUGCCUAUGCUUGCCCUGGAUCCUCAGAAGAGACCCUCGGCCUACACUAUGCUUCAGCACCCUUGGCUCAAUAUGGUAGGACUAGAAGAGGAAGAAAUGCACGUCAAGGAUAGAUCCUACUCCUUCAACAGCAUCAGGUUCAGAGACAACGCCAAUCAUGAGGGCCAUGAGUACAGUAAGGCUAAUUAUCACAACGAAAAUUAUAGCGGCGCGAAUCAGCACACAGAGAGAACCAUAAAUUCGUCCAGCAAGCACAACAGCGCGCAGGACAAUUUAAAAAGCCAGCACAACGAUGCGCUAAUGGGGCAAUUCGACGAAGAGUUAUGCAAAAGCGAGGCGGAAGAAGACGAGGAGGAGGAACACCAAUACAAUGAAGAAGACGAAGACGCAGAGGACGACGAAGAGGGGGAGGAUGAAGAAGAGUGGGAAGACGAAGACGAAGAGGACGAAGAAGAUGAGGAUGAACAAGAGGGGGACGACGAAGAAGGACACUACAAUAGCGAACCUGAGUAUGGUUCUACCUACAAAAAUAAUCAAACCCAUAACGGAAUGGAGCGAGAGGCAACCAAACUCAAAUACGCCAAUCUGUAUCAAGGAAGAAAUUCGUUACAGGGAAAAUCGAAAUCUAAGAAGAUAAACCCGGGGAACAUCCCUGAUUCGUCCACCAACACCGAGCGUUAUAUCCUCCACAAUGAGAACAUUCCCCACAUUACAUACAAUAAUGCAAAUAGUAAGAACUUCAUGAAAAAUGCGCCACAGUACCAAAUGCUCGAAAUGAAAAAUUAUGACAAAAUGUGUAGCCAUGGAUUCAACGACGAAGUCGUGAACUCAGAAGAGAAUGGAGAUUAUCAUCAGUACUGUGAGCACCCAGGGAAGUAUAAAUACGACGAGAGGGAAGAAGUGGAACAGGACCAAAUGGAAGAUGAGGAAGACGAGGACAACCAAAAUCAGGAGCAGGAGCAGGAUGACCUAACAAACGAGGAAAAAUACGAAAGGGAAGGAGAACACCGUGAAGCCGUAUAUCACCCCCAGAAUCAGAAGCCAAACAAAAGUCGCAAUAACCAUGACAGAAGUGUUGACAAUAGUAACUACGAAAACUACAGCGAUGAACAUAAUUUCUGUCAAGAAAGCCAAGUAUAUUAUGAAGAGGGGAAGGACUUCUCUUCCCUCUUUACCGGGAAAAAACAAUCAGGAAAAAUGGAAAUUGAAGAACAGACAAGACGAAAAGAAGUAUUAAUCCCCGUAAAACCGAGAAACUUCCUUAAAGUUGCUAUACCUAAUGAAAAGGCAAAAUUAAGACACCAACUUGCGACCUCGAGUAUCCCCAGUUUUGAUGAAAAUGAAAGAAGCAAAUCAACCCAAAUAGAGGAGAAUAGCACUUCGUCCAAGAUAUUAAGCAGUGUCGUGAUGAAUUAUAAUAGCACGGGCCAAGAUGAGGGCAAAUUUGCCAUGACGGACCAAGACGAGAAACAACUAUUGAGACGCGACGCACCCGUACAUGGGCGAAAUAAUGAAAUUCAGGUUCUUUCUCAUAGCCAGGAGGAGGACGGGGGCAAUGAAAUAAAUUGCAAAGUCAUCAACAAGAAGCCGUUCUGUGCCUUUUCCUAA